AUGAUGCUUAAAGAUUGUGAUAUUAAAUCCUAAUAUAACAUAAUUUCAAAGGACAUAAGUGUUGGGUAACUAUUAGUUAAAAGAUAGAUGCUUAAUGGAAGAGCAAGUGAAUAAAAUUAAAAUCUACCAUAAAGCUACGCUUUAGGUAUUCGUGACUUUUAGUUCUACUAAAAUAAGUUAAAAAAUAUGUUAAACUACUUUAUUCAAAUCCCCUCCUUUUCUAAAUCAAAUAGUACAUGUUGAAAAUAUCCAAUAUUAAAUUUAAUGUACCUCAAAGAGUUUAGAGCAAUUUUAAGAAAUGCUUAUCAAGUAUUAUCAAUAAAAAAAUCAACCAAUCGAUGAAGUACGAUUAAUUUUGAACUCUUUCUGA